AAAUCAAAUGUUUUUGAUUUAUUUCUCUCUUGGUCGGAUUAAAUCAGAAAAUGGACGAGGAAGAGAGUUAGAAUAGUGUGAUUGAUCUGUAAGCAUGUGGGGUCACAUAUUAUGGAGCUGCAAGUUUCUGCAGAAGACACUUCCUUGCCAUACAAAUAUGUCCUCUCUAAGGUUACGGAAAUCUAAACUGUUUCCAUGUUUUGAGGCCUUAUAUGUACAUUUCCAUAGUAACCAGAACUGUACCUAUGGCAACCAAAAAUAUAACUCUGAAAUCAAUCUCCAAUGGCCGGCUGCAAAAAUAAGAGAAACAUUUAAGGAGUUCUUUCUAUCCUACAAAGGUCUGGAGCAUGCAUAUUGUAGGCCAGCCAACGUGUGUACCAAUGAAAAGGGGACUUAUUUCACCAUGGCUGGGAUGCAACAGUUUAAAGAAAAAUUCCUUGAUUUAGAAGCAAAUGACAGUCAGUUUAGAGAUGUUAGAAGAGCGGUCAACAGUCAGAGAUGUAUUCGGGUUGGCGGGAAACAUAACGAUCUAGAGGAUGUAGGCAGAGACACCUAUCAUCACACCUUGUUUGAAAUGCUUGGGAAUUGGUCCUUUAGAGACUACUGGAAGGAAGAUGCAUGUAAGAUGGCCUGGGAGUUACUUACUAAAGUGUAUGAUAUACCUCCUGAAAGACUUUACGUCACAUACUUCCAUGGUGCUGAGUCUUUAAACAUUGGCCCUGAUCUGGAGACUAGAGACAUAUGGCUUAAUAUAGGGGUUCCUUCAGAGAGGCUCAUUCCAUGUGGUGAAAAGGACAAUUUCUGGACCAUGGGGGACUAUGGGCCAUGUGGGCCAUGUUCUGAGAUCCACUAUGACCAUAAAGGAGGCAGGGAUGCUGCCCAUCUAGUCAAUAAGGACUCUAAUGAUGUCGUCGAACUAUGGAAUUUGGUCUUUAUGCAGUAUAACAGGUCAACUAAAUUACUUCCACUAUCAAGGAAACAUGUUGACACUGGGAUGGGGCUUGAGCGAUUAACUGCUGUACUACAGGGGAAGACAUCCAAUUACGACACUGAUUUAUUUACACCAAUAUUUAAGGCCAUUGAAAAGCAUACAGGUGCCGAAGCUUAUCAGGGCAAAGUAGGGGCUGAGGAUAUAGCUGAGGUUGACACUGCAUAUCGUAUCUUGGCUGAUCAUGCCAGAAUGUACACAGCAGUCAUGUUAGAAGAUGUACACCCAGGGGCCCGCGGGACAGGCCAUAAAUUACGUCAUGUCAUGACAAGGGCUCUUUAUUACGCUAUGGUCUCCCUUGAUGCGCCACCUGGUGUACUGAAAAGUUGUGUGCCAUCUGCCACAGAAUCUUUGGGGCUGAAUCUCAGAAAGACGACUAUGACAGUAUGUGACGACUUAGAAGCUCAAUUUAGACAAACACACAAGAGUAGACCAAAUAUGCACUCCCUAGAUUUUAUAGAAAUUGCUGAAACAGAUGACGAAAGUGAUGACUGUGCGCCAUCUAUACUGCCAGUGGAACAUAUACUACGGGAGAAUAAUGUUCCUUACACAGAGGACUCUUAUAAAUAUCAUACUGCAGGUUAUAAACUGGAAGGGAAGAUAGUCUCCAUUUUGAAACAUCAAGGAGGUAACCAUGGGCAGGAGGAGAGAAAUCUUGUAAAAUCACUUCACCAAGGAGAAUUUGGAUGGCUGAUUCUAAACAAGACUUGCUUCUAUACAGAAGCUGGUGGACAGGUCGGCGAUACAGGAUAUAUUUAUUUGAAUGAACAAGGUGGUGUCUUCAAGGUUACUGAGAUGUUGAAAGAAGGACAAUACAUCAUUCACAAUGGAGUCAUGGAAAAAGGAUCUUGUUCCCAUGGUGACAAAGCUGUUUUGGAAAUUGACCAGGUGAGGCGUACAAAGGUCAUGUGCAAUCACACCGCCACUCACCUGCUUAACUUUGUGAUUCGUAAAAUGACUCGGAACACAAACGAAGGCUACAGGAGGACUUAUUCAGAUGAUGUUGCUCAGAUGGGAUCUUAUGUAGGGUCUGAUAAACUAACAUUUGAUUUCACAGCAAAUGAUGGCGACUCUUUAGAUGUUGAGAUGAUAGAGGGGGAAGUGAAUAAACUGAUCAGGCAAGGUCUGGUUGUCUAUAAGCAAGAGACAGAUCAUGAUGAUGCGUUGUUGGUAGAUGGUCUCAUAUACAUGAGGAAUAUGAAUUAUAAAAAGCAUGUACGAAUGGUGUCUAUUGGUGUGUCCGUCGACAAACUACUGGAGAAUCUCGGAGAAAGUGUGGCAUACAAGAAUUCUGUAGAGCUCUGCGGUGGAACCCAUGUGUCAAAGACUUCCAGUAUAAGACACUUCGUUGUGACAAAGUUUAACAAAGUGUCUGCUGUGGUAUACAGACUGUCAGCUGUAACAGGGGAUACUGCAGAACAGCUUAUUAAGGACUCGGAAUAUCUGAAAAGGGAGGUAGCCUCACUCUGGAACUUGCGAAGAUCUGGAAACCAAAAUGAAGUGCAGGAUUAUGAAGAUAGAAUCAAAAGAUGCGAACAAUUGUAUACAGAUGCCUCGUGGUCAGUGAAGAAUGAUGCGACUUUGUGGGAAAAAUUACAAAAACUCAGAGAAACACGAAACAUGACUAAAAAUAAAGAUAUUAGGUCAAAAGUCUCUGAGAUAUUUUCGACUGAGAUAAUGGAGAAUAUAGAAGAUGGAUGCGUAGCUUGUCGACUAAAUGCUGAUAACUUCAUGAAACAGGGCAAGAGAUAUUUCCGUGAUAAUCCACCUGACCAUCCUGUGAUGAUUUGGAAUUAUAAAGAAGGCAAACAAAAGAGGUUCAAGGGACAGAGAAGUGUCCUGGCAUUGUUUUAUAUACCAAAGGACCACAUAGCCAAAGACUUUGACCCUCAACAAUGGGCUAAAUACACCUUUCAGGGCCACUUUAGUGGUCAGGCUGAAAAGUUUAUAGACCCAAACAUGUAUAAUGGAGAUAUUAUACAGGAAGUAGUGCUCAAUAAGCCACCUAGUGGUGAUAUGCAGAACUAUGAACGAAGAGCUAGGGAAUAUAUAAAGAACAAAAGAUAAUGUGGCUGAUAAUUUUAUUGGUAACUGUUCUUUUUGGCCUGGAAACUUUUCAGGAUGAUUGGUCUGAAAUCAUGCUUGAUAUUGGGCAUGAAAUUAUGCUUGAUAUAGUGUAAUAAUGGUCCCAAAAACUUGGCAGGGUAAGAGCUGCUUGAUAAUGGUCCUGAAAAUCAUGCUGAAUAAUGUGAACACUAUUAACUAGAUUACUUUUAACUGGUAUAUAAAUCAUGGGAUUUGGAUAAGGAAUCAUAUUUCCUUCAGACGGAGUAAAGUAUUUAUACACAGAUGAGACAUAAUAUGAAAUAAAAAAAGAUCUUAUUAUAAAACCUUAUAUUUUAUUGAUUUCACUCUAUUCCAAACAGUAAGUACAUGUACACUGUAUAUGUUUUAAGUUGCACAGUUGUAUUCAGUAAAACCUAUGUAAAUGGAACACCUUUAAAACUUUAAAUCAUGUUUCAUUUU